CUGAACAUUUUUCAUAUGCCAUCUGGCUUAAAGCAAUGGUAGCCAGGACAUGGCUACUCCCUGGUACUACACUGGCUACACUGGGAAAAGUGACAGCUAUAUUGUGCGAGUCAAAGCUGUGGUUAUGACCCGAGAUGACUCCAGUGGAGGAUGGCUGCCCCAAGAAGGAGGUGGCCUUAGUAGGGUUGGUGUCUGCAAGAUCCAGUGCACAGAGGCCAAUGGAAGGAAUGGAUUUCUCAUCCAUGGAGAAAGGCAAAAAGACAAACUGGUGGUGCUGGAAUGCUAUGUGAAAAAAGACUUGAUCUACACUAAGGCAAAUCCUACAUUUCACCACUGGAAAGUUGACAACCGAAAAUUUGGACUCACUUUUCUAAGCCCUGCUGAUGCACGAGCAUUUGACAGAGGGGUGAGAAAAGCCAUUGAAGAUCUCACAGAAGGUUCUACAACAUCAUCUUCCACGAUCCACAAUGAAACUGAAGUUGGGGAUGACGAUGUCUUUACUAAUGCCACUGACAGUUCUUCUAAUUCUUCUCAGAAAAGAGAGCAGCCUUUACGAACACUAGCAUCUUCUCCAUCCUUUGAGCAUCACCGAAUUUGCACCCGUGGCCACUUUCAUGACCAGUUUAGCCCUGAGCUUUACCAUCUAGAACAAUCAAUCUUACGAUCGUGCCGCCACGUCAGCUUCCCCGAUGAUGACGAAGAGAUUGUACGGAUUAAUCCAAGGGAAAAGAACUGGGUGACAGGUUAUGAGGACUACCGUCAUACCCCUGUGCGGGGGAAGUACAUUGAUCCCGAUGAUGGGGACUCCUAUGUGCGGUUUGCCAAAACGGAGGCCUCGAAGCAUGACUACAAUUACCCUUAUGUCAGUAACACUGACUUUGAUCGAGGGGAUGACAUUAAGGGUGCCGUGAUUAAAACUCAGCCAGUCAGGUGUAAACAGCGGCGGCGAAAAGAAGACGGGGAAAGGUCACGGUGUGUCUAUUGUAGGGACAUCUUCAACCGCGAGGAAAACAGGCGGGGUCAGUGCCAGGAUGCUCCAGACCGAGUCCAAAGCUGUAUCCGCCGAGUCAGCUGCAUGUGGUGUGCAGACAGUAUGCUCUACCACUGCAUGUCUGAUCCAGAAGGAGACUAUACAGACCCUUGCUCCUGCGAUACCAGCGAUGAAAAGUUUUGCCUCCGGUGGUUGGCCCUAAUCGCCUUGUCCUUUCUGGCCCCUUGUAUGUGCUGUUACUUGCCCCUCCGGGCUUGCUACCACUGUGGGGUGAUGUGCAGGUGCUGUGGUGGGAAACACAAAGCAGCUGGAUGACAGCACUCCAAGCCGGUGAAGGCCAGUUUUCUUCCCCUUCUUGGUCUGGAGCAUUCUCGGUUUGCGCCCAUCUGAGCCGGCCUUGGGAGCCUGUUGGAAUCUAGGAACCAGACGGCUCCUUCUCUUUCCCUCCCACUUGGCUGCUAUGCAUUGAUUGCUCCUGGAGUUCUAACAGACUAAUGUACCACAUAGACGUUUGUAUUAUUGAUCUGUCAUCUAGCAGAAGGUCUUCUGUGUGAUUAUUCCUUCCCUCCUGCAAGGAAAGCAUUUUGAGAUGGGAACGGUUGACUGGGACAGAAUUUGCAACAUCUCACGGGGGUUACCUAUAUUUAGCAAGCUUGACACACCCGUGAGAGUAUAUAACAAUGGAGUGAAAUCCCACUUUGGAUUGUGAGCACCUUGCAGCCAGUUUGAGGGUAUGGAUUCUUGUGUAUACAAAAGAUGUUUGUGGGUAAUAAUUGUGCACCAUGGUAAUGUAGGGCCACCAAUUGCACAACCUACAGUUCCUGAAAAGUCCCAUCAUGGUUUUUGGGUGGUCUUCUGGGAUUUUCUGAUUUUUCAGGAGUCAGCUAAAAUGUGGGAAAUGAGCCUUAGUAUUAUCUGUAUUAUAUGUGAGAAUCUGAGAACUCCUGUGAUUUCAGACCAAUUUUAUACACAAAGUGAAAUAUUUAUAAAUAGGUUUCUCCUCUUCCUCUUUCCCCAGCCAACAUCGCCUUUCUCUUCCAAAUAACAGUGGAAAAAUUAGCUUUGCAUUGAUGUUCUUCCCGAUGAAAGCAGUCUUUAUGCUGUGGUGUUCCUAUCUGAGGCAAAGGGGGAGUUUGCAUGUUUUGAGAUUGACAUGCACUUGUGUACCUUGAACAGAAAAAGUGGGAAUGAUGCUUUUAAACUUUGUCUACAGGUCAGUAUGCUAAAGAUAAGGGAAUGAAUCCUCCUCCAUCCCCCACUUUUUGGAAUCCAGGGUGGGAGUGUGUCUGGAAUUAAUCGAAGAUUUUAUGCUUUCCAAACUAAUCCAGAAAUAUAGGGAAGCCUCAAUUGCAAGGCAUUUCAUUGGCCAGUGUCUUUGCCUUGAAGGCCUUUGAACCAAUGAGGGUGCUUUGAACAUUUUCUAUCAUGGAGUAGGACAUAGGACUGCCUGCACCUAGAUUGGUUGGGUAUGGAUUUAAUAGAGCCAGAGGGCACCGCCGCUAUAGCACUUGACAAUCACUUAGAUAUAGGUAAGAACAUGGCUUUUUAAAAAAUCAUUCAGUUUCUUUCAACGGAAGUGCAUUUAUUUCUCUCUCUCUCUUUUUCCUUUAAAGAAAAGCCUAAGAAGAAUUGACACAUACUGUCCCAAUCAUGAACCCAGAGACAUUGCAGAAACGGGGAGGGGAGAGUUAAAAGAAGCAUUUACUCAUGUUUUUAGUACCAAUGCGUGCUCUAGCUGUCCCCUCCUCCUUUUCUUUACUAACCUGCAUGCCUUUGUUCUUAGGUGAAAUUGACUGAGAACAGUUUCCCCAUCCAGGCAGCCAUUUCUCAAGUUCCUGGAUCUGCACAGUAAUUAUACUGUGAACGUAAUUAAUUCCUAGUGAUGUUGGGUCAAUGUUACUAUUUCCUCUGUUCUCAGUUCAGUGACAUAAUGCACAGAUAGGAAGAAAAAGUAACCGGGCAAAGUUGCAUCAGGGUGUUUGUAGGGUUCAUUGGCCUAAACCAACAUCCCUUCCCCACCCCAUCCCCAGCUAUCUGCUGUGCAGACAAUAGGAUCAACCUGCAGUUGGCAUAAGGCCACCCUGUUCUUCAUUCUCAAAUGCACUGAACCAGCAUAUUUGGCAUCUGCAGAGAACCAGGGUGAAUAGUUCAAAACUGGACGAAUCCCAGGCCCUUCUUGUCAUCUUGCCGAUACUAGGUCAAAUAUUUUCGUAGCCCUCAAGGUGGGCCCUGCUGAAAUCACUAGGCAUCCCGACACCGACAAGCCAGUGAAUUUCAAUAUAACUUGGUAGUGUACAAAGCCUGCAUGCAUUGCAAAACCUGUAUCAAACCCACUUUUUGAUUUCUGAGUUGUAAAAUACAGCAGGGCAAAGUGAUAACCUUAAUUUUGUGAGGUUUUUAUCUUCUUUUAAAAGGCAUGUCUUGUGUACAAGGCUUGUAAUUAGCUGGGAAAAUGAUAUUUUUCUAAUAUAUGAUAUGGAAAUAGCAAAGGUUUUAUUCAAAGGAAUAAAGUGUAGAACAGUUUAGCUAUAAUAUAGCAUAGUACAAUCUGAAUAUUCUGAGGCAGCUAUAGGCGCUGGCUUGUGAGAACAGGCACUGCUGUUCCUGCUUUGGGCAGCUGACUGCCGGGGCAUGCGUGGCCUUGCCCCUCUCCCACCUCUUCUAUUGCACAUUGAAAGGAGUCUUAAUUAAAAGAAAGGGAAAUGGCUUUUCGUUUUUGCCAAAUAGCAGCAACCAAGAGUGAACACAUUUGCAUUGUUCCAUGCGAAACAGGCCAGCAAGCUCCUUCCAGGAGUGUUGUCGCUUUGAUCUUGUUUAAUUGCAUAUGCAACAAUCUGCGAUGUUAUGGCCAAAUCCUGCAGCCAGAGCAACCCUGGUUAUACUCAGGCAUUGAUUUCACAAUCAGAGGACAUUUCCCCCCCUUUUUUUUCGCAGUCCUCUGCUUUGGGCACUUCAUAGAAUGCAUUGGACCAAUCCAGAAAGACAUGGAUCCAGCACCCUCUCAAUGAACAACCCUCCUGAACGCAACUUCCAACCCGACCGUUUGCCAUGACAAGCUACUCUUAAACUCAGGGCACCUCAGGAGAAGUCUUGAGGAGAGGCCACACUGACUUGCAGGUGUCAGUGUAGAAACCAGCCAAAAAAGAUCUUGCAUUCUCCUUGCAUUGCCUUUAGAGGCAGGAACUGAUUAAACAUAUCCUGU